UUGGCCCCGCUACGGCAACGAGGAGCGCUGACCGGGCACGCAUCCCGCCGGUCUGCGCUGGGAUGAUGCUGGAGCAGGACACCGGCCUCUCCUUGGCCAUCGCUCAGAUCGUGCAGCGGCUGAAGGGCUCCAGCCUCCAUUCCCAGCUGGAGCGGCAGGCCCGGGGUAGUCUACACAAACCAGAAAUUAAACUUGAAUCACUAAAGGAAGAUAUUAAGGAUUUUCUGAAGACCUCAGGAUGGGAAAAGAGGCUUCAGAAUGCUGUUUAUAGUGAACUCAAUGUGUUUCCUUCACCCUGUCAUCCUGCAGCACCCCCUGAGCACAUGAAGGAACCCUUAGUUUACAUGAGGAAAGCACAGAAAGACUAUUUCAGUGAGCUAGGCUUGAAUACAGGACAGCUGGGUAUUGAUGACUCUACACAAGUGCCUCCAGAACUCUUUGAAAAUGAACAUGUACGUGUUGGGCAAACAGUUUUAACAGAACAAGAUAGUGCUGCAGCCCAACAGUAUGUCCGUCAGGGAUGCCCAACAGCACUCCGAGCUGAAUUGUGGGCACUCAUUCUGAAUAUUUCUAAUCAGCCUGAGGACAUUUUGUACUACGAACAGCUUAAGUCCAAUGUGAUUCAGCAUGAUCUUUUAGUGGACAGCCUGAUUUACAAAGAUGUAAAGCUGACAGCAAGCAAUGAUGACUACUAUUUUGUAUUUGAGGAUUAUUUAUAUCAGGUAUUACUCUGUUUUUCCCGAGAUACAUCAGUACUGGAGCACUUUUCUUACAAUAGUGCUACUCCACCCAAAUCAUACAUACGAGGAAAACUUGGCAUGGAAGAAUAUGCUGUUUUUUAUCCACCAAAUGGUGUAAUUCCUUUUCAUGGCUUUUCAAUGUAUGUUGCUCCACUUUGUUUUCUGUACCAUGAACCUUCCAAAUUGUAUCAGAUAUUCCGUGAGAUGUAUGUGCGUUUUUUCUUCAGACUCCAUUCCAUCUCUUCUCAUCCUUCUGGCAUCGUGUCACUAUGUUUACUGUUUGAGACACUUCUUCAAACCCAUCUCCCUCAGCUCUUCUAUCAUCUUCGAGAAAUUGGGGCGCAACCACUACGGAUAUCAUUUAAAUGGAUGGUCCGAGCAUUCUCUGGUUACUUAGCUACAGACCAACUUCUGCUUUUGUGGGACAGAAUCCUAGGAUACAAUUCUCUAGAAAUUCUCGCUGUCCUGGCAGCUGCUGUGUUUGCUUUCCGAGCAGUGAACCUGAUGGAGGUGACAUCACUGGCUGCAGCUGAAGCUGUACUUGCUGACCUUUCAACCCUGAAGGUUAUGCCUCUUCUUCAGAUCUUCCUGUUUGCCACUGUCACUUGAUCUGCUUCAAGGUCACUGACACCACACAUCCAGUCUUUCAUUAGAAACUAAUAAUGAACUAUGCAACGUCUGCAUAAAACCAAAUUAAACUGUAUGUAUAUGUCACUUACAAAUCAUGUUCUCUUUACAGUUAAAUGCAAGUUUUUCUACAUAUAAAAUAAUAACUUUACACACUAACCUGUGCAUUUGCAUGCUGCUGUAUUUCAACAUAACAGCAAUAGAUAUAACUGAUGAGGUAUGAGAAUCAUUACUUGUGCAUAUAAAUAACACAAAUCAAUGUAUAAAAUGCAUGUAAAAUGCAAUAAAACAAAGGUAAUGCAGUUAAAUUCUUGAUCUAAUAUGAGUGCCGUAACAGAUCCACUAAUAUCAGAUUGGAGAAAACUGUCUUUCAUCUGAUUAUAACUUAUUCAAGCCCCCACUACAAGAAUGUCAACUCGAGAGUACAGUAACACUUGAAAAUGUGCUUUAACUUUUGGGAACUUUUAUGUCAUUUCCUAGGAGAAAUCAGAGAAAUGCUUCUGUUCCAUUUCUGUUUUCCAGGAGUCCUCUUCAUGUUCUUCCCCAUUUUACUUAUUUCUUUUUAAUCUAUUGAUCCCCCACAGCC